AUGCCUCCAAUAAUGCUAGAACCUCGAUAUAAUAAACACGAAUUCAAGCUAUCUCAUUCUGUUUUCUCUCGUUCAAGUCAAUCCUUCAUAUUUGCAGCAACUCAAAAUACGCUUAUCGAUAUACAAAAUUCGGAAUUUAGGAAUUCUCUUGAUUCUGCAGUUACUAUAUCAGCAAGUAGAGGUCUUAACAAAUAUAUUUCGAAACAAAUUCAUAUCAAUUCAGAGCCAAAUCAUACUUUUGUCAAUUGUUACUUUGUCAAUUGUCAUACCAAUUCAAAAUAUGGCGGUGGAGCCAUAUUUUUUGAUGAAAUAAAUGGAAAUUUGAAAAUCAAAAAGUCAACUUUUUAUAAAUGUUCCACAUCUAAUAAAUACUCUAAUGGUGGAGCAAUAUUAGUUAAAGGUUGCUCAGGAACAUCGAAAUUUAUCGAAAAUUGUUUUACGAAAUGUACAACAAUCCAAUCAGGGCAAGGUUUUUUCUUACAUUCAAGCAACAUGUUUACAAUAAUGAACAGAACAUCUUUCCAUUUUUGUCCAGAUUCAUACUCAGAUUCGCAAUCAAAUUCAUUUGCAAUAUCUAGCGAUAUUAUGGUUGAGACUACCAACCAAUCAUGCUCUACUUGCUAUAAAACCCCUAUUUUCUCAAUUCGUGGAGAAACAAUAUGUACUGUGUACUUUUUUCAAGCGAAUAACAAUACUUGUGUAGACGGAUCCUCACUAUACCAAAUCGUUAUUAAUAAACAGUCUAAUGUAGCAAAUGCCGGUAAUUGGAGCAUUGUCAAUGGAAUUAAUCAACAAAAUAUUGGGUAUUAUUAUGUUGAUGAAUUCAUUCAUUCUUUUCUUAUUGUCUCGAAAUGUGGAAGUAAGACAAGGAUUCAAUGUGGAAAUGGCAAACUUACUCUUAGAUACUGCACAUUUGAGUCUCCUCUCGAAGCUGUUAAUAAAACAGGGGUUAUAUUAUCUGAAAAUAGUAUUAUUGGAACAGGUAUCUUUCAAAUGAAAUAUGUUUUUACAAUGAAUUGCGGUUCAAAUAUUGAACAAAGUUUGGUUGAUAAGGCAUCCUUUGCAUCCAUAUUUGUAUUAUCAGUUUUAUGUCUUGUUUUGGCCAUUCUCUUCAGUUUGGCUGCCAAAGCCUCAAAAAUGAGAAACGAAAAAAUAUAUGAGUUGUUGUCAAUUCCGGAGACUGAAAAUUAA